CUAGACUGAGGCUAGUUACCACGUCAGUGAGCUGACAGGGAAGGCAGCCGGCUCCACCGCCCGUUCCGGUCGACUCUUCCCGACCAACUGUGCGGCCCUUGAUUUCAGCGUCAACUCCCUGGAAACGAGCACCUUCCCUGCUCGCAUCUGCCACCAGAGCCGGUAGAGCAGCUGGGAGACGCCUUCGGGGCCUGGGCUGGACAUGAGCAGCGGCUGCCGGUCCUGGGACUAGGCCCCGCCAUUUUGGAUCCGCUGACAGGUUUGCCAGGAUGGUGGAUAAAAAUAUUUACAUCAUUCAAGGGGAAAUUAACAUUGUGGUUGGGGCCAUCAAACGAAAUGCCCGAUGGAGCACCCAUACUCCACUGGAUGAAGAACGAGAUCCUCUACUGCAUAGUUUCAGUCAUCUAAAGGAGGUUUUAAACAAUGUAACAGAACUCUCAGAAAUUGAGCCCAAUGUAUUCCUUCGUCCAUUUCUGGAAGUAAUUCGCUCUGAAGAUACCACUGGCCCUAUCACUGGACUGGCGCUCACCUCUGUCAACAAGUUCCUGUCCUAUGCACUCAUAGAUCCCAGCCAUGAGGGCACAGCAGAGGGCAUGGAGAACAUGGCAGAUGCUGUCACCCAUGCCCGUUUUGUGGGCACAGAUCCUGCCAGCGAUGAGGUUGUCCUGAUGAAAAUCCUUCAGGUGCUGCGGACUCUGUUGCUGACCCCAGUGGGUGCCCACCUAACCAAUGAAUCUGUCUGUGAGAUUAUGCAGUCUUGCUUCCGGAUCUGCUUUGAAAUGAGGCUCAGUGAGUUAUUGAGAAAAUCCGCAGAGCACACUCUCGUAGACAUGGUGCAGCUGCUCUUCACAAGGUUACCUCAAUUUAAAGAAGAACCCAAGAACUAUGUGGGGACCAACAUGAAGAAGCUGAAAAUGAGAGCAGGAGGCAUGAGUGAUUCAUCCAAGUGGAAGAAACAGAAGAGGUCCCCCCGGCCCCCACGCCAUAUGACCAAAGUCACACCAGGUUCAGAGCUGCCCACCCCCAAUGGAACCACCUUAUCCUCUAACCUCACGGGUGGCAUGCCCUUCAUUGAUGUACCCACUCCCAUCUCCUCUGCAAGUUCAGAAGCUGCCUCAGCCGUGGUCAGCCCUUCUACAGACAGUGGCCUGGAGUUCUCUUCCCAGACCACCUCCAAAGAGGACCUCACUGACCUGGAGCAACCUGGCUCUCCAGGGUACAGCACAGUUGCAGAGCCUGGCAGCAGUGAGCUGGGGGUUCCUGAGCAACCUGACCCCCAGGAGGGGACCCAUGUGGAAAAGACCCAAUCAGCUUCUGUGGAAUCCAUCCCUGAAGUGUUAGAAGAGUGCACAUCCCCUACUGACCACUCUGACUCUGCCUCUGUCCAUGACAUGGAUUACGUCAAUCCCCGGGGCGUGCGCUUUACACAGUCCUCUCAGAAAGAAGGCACAGCUUUGGUCCCCUAUGGUCUUCCCUGCAUCCGUGAGCUCUUCCGCUUCCUCAUCUCCCUUACCAACCCACAUGACCGCCACAAUUCAGAGGUUAUGAUCCACAUGGGACUGCAUUUGCUGACAGUGGCUCUUGAGUCAGCCCCUGUAGCCCAAUGCCAAACCCUCUUGGGCCUCAUCAAGGAUGAGAUGUGCCGCCACUUAUUCCAGCUACUCAGCGUAGAGCGACUGAACCUUUAUGCUGCUUCCCUACGAGUAUGCUUCCUACUGUUUGAGAGCAUGAGAGAGCACCUCAAGUUCCAGUUGGAGAUGUACAUCAAAAAGCUCAUGGAGAUCAUCACUGUGGAGAACCCCAAGAUGCCUUAUGAGAUGAAAGAGAUGGCACUGGAGGCCAUCGUGCAGCUCUGGCACAUCCCCAGCUUUGUCACUGAGCUCUACAUCAACUAUGAUUGUGACUACUACUGCUCCAACCUCUUUGAAGAGCUCACCAAGCUGCUGUCCAAGAAUGCCUUCCCUGUGUCUGGUCAGCUCUAUACAACACAUCUGCUAUCUCUUGAUGCCCUGUUGACAGUGAUUGACAGCACUGAGGCCCACUGCCAGGCCAAAGUCCUCAACAACCUUACCCAGCAGGAGAAGAAAGAGGCAGCCAGACCUGGCUUCGAGGCAGUAGAUGGCACUCGAGAAGCCAGCAAUACGGAGAGAGCAGCCAGCGAUGGGAAGGCUAUAGGCAUGGCCCCAGACAUCACAGGUCUGCAUCUGCCAAGUGGAGGGCGGCUGCCAGCAGAACUUGGGAAAUCAGGAUGCAGUGAUCUGGAGGAAGCUGGUGACUCUGGAGCUGACAAAAAGUUUACCCGGAAGCCACCUCGAUUUUCCUCUCUCCUGCCAGAUCCACGGGAAUUGAUUGAAAUUAAGAACAAAAAGAAGCUGCUGAUCACUGGCACAGAGCAGUUCAACCAGAAACCAAAGAAGGGGAUCCAGUUUCUUCAGGAGAAAGGCCUCCUCACCAUCCCGAUGGACAACACAGAGGUAGCCCAGUGGCUGCGAGAGAACCCUCGGCUGGACAAGAAAAUGAUUGGAGAGUUUGUGAGUGACAGAAAAAACAUUGACCUGUUGGAGAGCUUUGUGAGCACCUUCAGCUUUCAGGGUCUGCGGCUGGACGAAGCUCUCCGUCUCUACCUGGAAGCCUUCCGCUUGCCUGGAGAAGCACCAGUCAUCCAGAGGUUGUUAGAGGCAUUCACAGAACAUUGGAGGAAUUGUAAUGGCUCCCCAUUUGCCAAUAGCGAUGCCUGCUUUGCCCUGGCCUAUGCUGUCAUCAUGCUUAAUACUGACCAGCACAACCACAACGUUCGCAAACAGAAUGCGCCCAUGACCCUAGAGGAGUUUCGCAAAAACCUAAAAGGUGUGAAUGGAGGCAAGGACUUUGAGCAAGACAUCCUGGAGGACAUGUACCAUGCCAUCAAGAAUGAGGAAAUUGUGAUGCCUGAGGAGCAGACAGGCUUGGUUCGGGAGAAUUAUGUAUGGAAUGUGCUGCUUCAUCGAGGUGCCACCCCAGAAGGCAUAUUCCUACGUGUACCUGCUGGCAGCUAUGAUCUUGACCUCUUCACCAUGACCUGGGGCCCCACUAUUGCUGCUCUUUCUUAUGUCUUUGACAAAAGCCUUGAGGAGACAAUCAUCCAGAAAGCCAUCUCAGGCUUCAGGAAGUGUGCCAUGAUCUCCGCCCACUAUGGCCUCAGCGAUGUGUUUGACAAUCUCAUCAUCUCUCUAUGCAAAUUCACAGCUCUCAGCAGUGAGUCUAUUGAGAAUCUGCCCAGUGUGUUUGGAAGCAACCCUAAAGCUCACAUUGCAGCCAAGACAGUAUUCCAUUUGGCCCAUCGUCAUGGUGACAUCCUGCGGGAGGGCUGGAAGAAUAUCAUGGAGGCCAUGCUACAGCUCUUCCGAGCGCAACUGCUGCCCAAGGCUAUGGUGGAGGUAGAAGAUUUUGUGGAUCCCAAUGGCAAGAUCUCUCUACAGCGGGAGGAGACACCAUCAAACCGAGGAGAAUCGACAGUACUGAGCUUUGUGAGCUGGCUGACACUGAGUGGUACUGAGCAGUCUAGCGUGAGGGGCCCAUCCACUGAGAACCAAGAGGCCAAGAGAAUGGCUUUGGACUGUAUCAAGCAAUGUGACCCAGAAAAAAUGAUCACGGAAAGCAAAUUCCUCCAGCUGGAGUCACUGCAGGAGCUCAUGAAGGCUCUGGUCUCAGUGACACCAGAUGAAGAGACAUAUGAUGAGGAGGAUGCUGCUUUCUGCCUGGAAAUGCUGCUGAGGAUUGUGCUGGAGAACAGGGACCGUGUGGGCUGUGUGUGGCAGACUGUUCGAGACCACCUAUACCACCUGUGUGUCCAAGCACAGGACUUCUGCUUCCUGGUGGAGCGGGCAGUGGUGGGGCUGCUGCGCCUAGCCAUUCGGCUACUCCGGAGAGAAGAAAUCAGUGGCCAGGUACUGCUUUCCCUGCGCAUUUUGCUGCUAAUGAAGCCCAGCGUGCUGUCUCGAGUCAGUCACCAGGUAGCCUAUGGGCUUCACGAACUCCUUAAGACCAACGCCGCCAACAUCCACUCAGGUGAUGACUGGGCCACCCUCUUCACGCUGCUGGAGUGCAUUGGCUCAGGUGUAAAGCCUCCAGCUGCCCUGCAGGCCACAGCCAGGGCCGAUGCACCUGAUGCCGGUCUCCAUCCCUACCCUGACUCUGCCCCUCUCCCUGCUGGCUCAGGGGCCCAGUCAGACAGUGAACUCCCAUCCUACCAUCCAAAUGAUGUGAGCCUGGACCGAGGGUACACUUCUGACUCAGAGGUCUACACAGACCACGGCAGGCCUGGCAAGAUUCAUCGAUCUGCCACUGAUGCUGAUGUGGUCAACAGUGGUUGGUUAGUGGUGGGGAAGGAUGACAUCGACAACUCCAAGCCAGGGCCUGGGCCCAGCCGGCCAGGCCCUUCACCCCUGGUCAAUCAGUACAGCCUAACAGUGGGGCUGGACCUUGGGCCACACGAUACUAAGUCCCUGCUCAAGUGUGUGGAGUCGCUGUCCUUCAUCGUGCGUGACGCUGCCCACAUCACACCUGACAACUUUGAGCUCUGUGUCAAGACUCUCCGCAUCUUUGUGGAAGCCAGUCUGAAUGGAGGGUGCAAGUCCCAGGAGAAACGUGGCAAGAGUCACAAAUACGACAGCAAAGGGAACCGCUUCAAGAAGAAAUCCAAGGAAGGCUCCAUGCUUCGGCGGCCUCGGACCUCCAGUCAACAUACCACUCGGGGCGGACAUAGUGACGACGAUGAGGAUGAAGGCGUGCCUGCCAGCUACCACACGGUGUCUUUACAGGUCAGUCAGGACCUGCUAGACCUGAUGCACACCCUGCACACAAGGGCGGCCUCUAUCUACAGCUCCUGGGCGGAGGAGCAGCGCCACCUGGAGACAGGAGGCCGGAAGAUUGAAGCGGACUCCCGCACCCUCUGGGCCCACUGCUGGUGCCCUUUACUGCAGGGUAUUGCCUGCCUGUGCUGUGACGCCCGGCGCCAGGUACGGAUGCAGGCACUGACCUAUCUGCAGCGAGCACUGCUGGUACAUGAUCUGCAAAAAUUAGAUGCCCUGGAAUGGGAGUCCUGUUUUAACAAGGUGCUGUUUCCUCUACUGACCAAGCUCUUGGAGAACAUCAGCCCUGCAGAUGUGGGCGGGAUGGAGGAGACCCGGAUGAGGGCUUCCACACUGCUCUCGAAGGUCUUCCUGCAGCACCUGUCUCCACUGCUGUCACUCUCCACCUUCGCGGCCCUCUGGCUGACCAUCCUGGACUUCAUGGACAAGUACAUGCACGCAGGCUCCAGUGACUUACUGUCAGAGGCCAUCCCAGAGUCUCUGAAGAACAUGCUCCUGGUGAUGGACACGGCGGAGAUUUUCCACAGUGCAGACGCCCGAGGAGGCAGCCCCUCAGCGCUCUGGGAGAUCACCUGGGAGCGCAUCGACUGUUUCCUGCCCCACCUGCGAGAUGAGCUCUUCAAGCAGACUGUCAUCCCGGACCCCGUGCCCAUGGAGCCUCAUGCCCCCAAACCUCUGGCCUCAGCCCACCUGACUCCUGCUGCUGGGGACACCAGGACACCUGGCCAUCCACCUCCCCCAGAGAUGCCUUCUGAACUGGGGACCUGUGACUUUGAGAAGCCGGAGGGCCCCCGACCUGCCAACAGCAGCUCUCCUGGGUCACCAGUGGUGUCCAGCCCCAGCAGGCUGAGUCCUACCCCAGAUGGGCCUCCACCUCUGGCUCAGCCCCCACUGAUCUUGCAGCCCUUGGCCUCCCCACUGCAGGUGGGCGUGCCCCCCAUGACUCUGCCCAUCAUCCUCAACCCCGCUCUCAUCGAGGCCACCUCACCAGUGCCCCUCCUGGCCACACCCCGCCCCACAGACCCCAUGCCUACCUCUGAGGUCAACUAAGGCAGACCCUUCAGAGAUCAGGACCAGUAUUUCCUACAGGCUGUCCCUGGCCCCAUCCAACUGUCCCAGAGGCCACAAACUUCAGUCCCAGCCCAAGCUGUUGUCACUGCUACUUGGAUGGGGACCUGAAAGGAAUUUUUAUAGCUCCUCCUGGGACCCACAGUCUGUGGGACCUUCCUCCUCUGCUCUCCAUUCCUGAGGGUUCAACCUGAGAGCACACUCAGGUAUCACCUGCAGCCUGGCAGCUCUGGGAAGGCAUCACUAUACCAACCCUGCGUUGCCCGCCCUCAUGCCCCUCCUGCCCGUGGUCAGGCAUCAAGAGCCAAGCCAACCACUCUGCACUUUGUUUCCCUCUCCCAUCCUACUCUACUCCCAUCAGCCCUGGGCCACCUCCUCUAGUUCUUCCUGUUUUAUUAAUUAGUUGGUCAGUUUGGAGAGCUGAUUGGCACCAUGGAGGGUGGGCAGUUGGGGCUGGACAGAGGGACUGCCCACAGGAGCAUGUACAUAUGGAAAACAGGACAAUGGACUUUUUAUGAUGUAAUAAAUGUCUUAGUACCAACA